AUGACCUCGCGCACGAACCCCAGCGCCCUGGAUCCCCUCAGUUCGUCCGCGGUGAACAGACUGCGCGAGGCGGCCCAACCGCCGGCGAAGAAGCGCAAGGUCGGGACCGACAACGCUGCUGGCCAGCUUGCUACAACUUCCAUUGUUAUUAGAGCCCAUGCUGCGUCACUAUCAGAUGAACCGCUAGUCCUCGAGCCGAUCUCUCUACUUCCUCGAUCCCGGCUCCCGCUGUCAUGGCUCGAAGACGCGUCUUGGUCGCGGUCCGAUGCGCAGCCUGGUGGACUGUUCGUCGCCCACAUCCCCGCCCUCGAGACGGAUCUGCGGCCUUGUGUCGAGCCGACGGUGCUGGCUGCCCGGUUGGCUGCUAAUAGAGGGCUUUAUGUCGUCGAGAGAGUUAAGCAGGGGAUAUACUCGCUGUCGAGGCUUGCCCAGUGUGUGCAUGAAGGCGAUGUCGUCGUCGCUGUCAAGGGAUGGCAAGGGUCGGUUAUGGAUAUCGAUGCUGAAGAUAACGCAUGCACGGCUCCGGACUCCCUGAACUGGUGGCAGGCUGCGCAGAUCGAGGAACCCCCUUCUGACUUGGGCCUGGGUGAGGACUUUGCGGCUGGGCUACAGGUGAAUGUUGUAUUCGGCUCGUCAGGCAACGAUAAUGCAUCAGAACAGCCGUCGUUCGUGGGUGUACUGGAACAUCGGGGCCAAUCGCUCGCACCGGCUACCGAUGGAGAUAACUCUCAGCUGGAAAUUUCAGUCGGACUUGGCGAUUCUCAGGUCUCUGGCGCUGCGGACGCUAUGGAUGUUGAUGGUUCCCCGGAUCUGAAACAAUCUCCAGAAGAGCUGCUCAACGGGAUGCGAGAGCAUUAUCUGCAGGCUCUUUAUAUUUCCAAGACAUCUCUGGCCUAUUUUGCCAAGGGUCCAUUGACGCGUUGCCGUACUGCUUCCCAAGCUUCUGGCCCCGAGCUCAUCGACUUCUACCGUGAGGCCAUUUUGGCCGCAAAGAAGAUGGAUCUCAAGUACCGCGAGUCCCUACCCGCCUCUGUUCGCGAAGCGGUACUCGCUGUCUCCGACAACGAGGCCCCCCCGGCGAAAAAGCGCAAGAGCAAGAAGAAGAAAUUGGGCAAGAAUGGCCUUUACCCUGAAGAGGACGAAUUCGUGUGCAAGUGGUGGAAAGACCGGAGUCUGGCAGAGUAUUCUACACAGGAGGGCUCGCGCGAGGCGGAGACAAAAAAGCAUAUUUCCGACCUUCGACUACGCGAGACGCAACUGCAGAUCCUCCUCAUCCUGGAGGUGAUGGCUUUAGAGUCGACUAUUCUUGACAAUAAGACCAACCCGAACCAUGAUAAUCCGACUAGCGAAGUGCAAGAUACACCAAAAAAGAGGACUAAGAAACCCCAAGAUCUCAACGUUCUUCUCGAACUGCACCUGGAUCGGCUUUGCAUCUGGCAUGCUGUAAGUAUGGAGGAAUCUACUGUUUCUGACUCGGCGAAGGCUUCAUUCUUUAAUGAUGGCCAUAUGUCCGGGAAGAAAGUUGGGAGUGACGCGGUGCGUGACUUCUGCACUGAAGUCAUCAUCCCGUUCUAUGCAUCACGACUUCCCGACAAGUGCAAGAUGAUUACCCGCAAAUUUGGGGUGUCCGGUGGCAUCUCCCCCGCUACCAAGAAGUCCCAGUUGUCGAGCAAGUCACGUCGCCCAGAGCCAGGCUCUGAAGUCAAGCGAGAGCUUCUAGUGCAAAAGCCCCGGCGCUCGCUGCAGCGCGUAUUGACGGACGAAAAAGUUGCUGCGUCUCAGGUUCGCCAUCCGUCACUCAGCCGGUCAAAGACCGCUCCCACACAGCAUGAUACUAAGCACGACUCUUUGGAACCUUUGCUGCCCACAGUCAUGGGGGGUAGUGUCCGAGGUGGCAUCCAGGUUAAACGAGUGGAAAACCGUGAGGUCGAUCUUAAUGCUGCAGCGAGACAACACGAGACCAAACUGCGCAAGGUGCAGCUUCUAGCUGAUCAAAAGAAGGAGCUCGAUGCCGCCAUCCAGACCCUUCGCAAGCCAAACCGAGAAGUUGUUGCACAGGACAUUGCUGAGGAUGCUGUGAAGCGAAUGUCCGCAGGCGGAGGGAGCUCACGGAAGCCGAAGAACCCUGUCCGCAACCCCCUUGGCCAGGGUGUGCAGGUCAUGGCCACGCCCCGUGGGAACCGCAAGAAGGAUGCAGUGGUCGGAUUACCUCCAUUACCUCGCAGUCUCGCCACCUCACGGUCUUUUGCUGGCGAGAUGGACUACCACUCCCUCGCAGAGUCUCCAGUCAUGGUUCCCUCAUCGUCUCGCCGAGCUAUCUCAUUCUCUGGGCCCGAUUCAACACCCUUUGAUUCCCAACGCGCUUCGAGGAAGCGGCAACGCGACCCGCAAACCCAACCAACCGAACUGCCCUCCCUGCAAGAGACCCCGUCCCGACCUCCACUCAAGUUGUUCCCCGACAGCCGAAACACAGACCUAGCCCAUCGACCUCCUAUGUUUUCCAGCAAAGGCAAAGGCCUAUUCCGAGUACCUAGCCUCCCAGCACCACGCCUCAAUCCUAUCGAUCAAACCUCCCAACCCGUGGCUCCAACCACCCCGGUCUCCUCUCGCCACACGAACAUCCUCUUUGCCCCCGACUCGUCACCGCAUCUUAGCAUAUCCCCUGAAGCUGCCCGGUCCUCCAUGAUCACAGAAACCCCUCCCAAGCAGCACGCCCCUAACCCUAUCUUCGCGCCCAGAUCUGUGCCCCCUCUCGCUCCCAACAUCCCCCGAGCACCCCCCUCCACUGCAGUCGUGGGAUCGCCAGUUAAGAGCGCCGCUGUUGUGCCGGUCACACCGGAGAAAGCACAGACAAAAUCCAUCUAUGAGCAGCUUGGCUGGGACGAUGACGAUAUGGACUUGUGA